AUGAAUCCUGCAACUUCUACGAACACUUUCAAAGAUGAACUUCCGAUCGGGAGUGAAGCGAUAUCCCGAUCUGCCCUUGAACAUGAUAUUAGACUGCUCAUAGUUGGAUACCAAAAAAAACAAAGUUACGAUUUUACAACUUUUGCAAGUGUUUGGAAGGACUAUAAAUUUUCAUUAAUGCACUUUGCAUGUACCGAAAAAAUUGGACGACCAACUUUCAUGCAAGCCUUAUACCAAAUCACAUUAU